AUGUCGUACAAACGAUCUAUUUUGUUGACAGGUGGCACCCAUGGCCUGGGCUAUGAGGCAGCCCUCAAGCUGGCCAAAGAUCACCCAGACUACCUCAUCGUCGUGGCCUCGCGGUCCGACAAGGAAAAGGCAGCAGAGAAAAUCAACCAGAAGCUGGGACAGAGCAAUACCCAAUGGAUGAAGCUCGAUCUCAGCGACCCAGACAGCGUUCGCCGCUUCGCCCAACAAUGGAUUGCAGACGCCUCCAAGCCCCCGCUGCAGGUCCUCAUGUUCAACGCUGGUCUCCAGUUCCCUACUACCUUGACCCUCACCCCUGAAGGCAUGGAGAAGACCUUUGCCAUCGCUCAUGUCGGCCAUGCCAUGCUGUUUCACCUACUCUACCCCCAACUUGCCACAGGUGGUCGUGUGGUCCUUACCUCAAGCGGUACUCACGACCCCGCCCAGAAAUCUGGCUUGCCCGACGCUGAGUACAACACAGCGCAAGAUCUCGCCUACCCACCCAAGAGCAUGGUGGACAUCCCCGGCCGCAAGAGGUACUCAACCGCCAAGCUUUGUAACGUGCUCUGGGGUUAUGCGCUGGCCAAGCGCCUGGCCGAGCGGGCCCCUGAGCGUAGAAUCACCGUCACUUCCAUGGACCCUGGCCUGAUGCCUGGUACUGACCUGGCGCGCGAGGCAAGCAAGAUUGAGAAGUUCCUCUGGUAUCAUGUCCUUCCUCGAACCAUUGGCCUUCUCCGUCUCCUCGUCCAUCCCAAUGUUCACUCACCUGCUGAGUCUGGCGCCGCUCUGGCCAGGCUGGCGACUGGUAGUGACGUGGAGGGUAUCACCGGAAAGUACUUUGAGAGUCUGCGCGAGAUCAAGUCAAGCGAAGAUAGCUACAACAUAGCCAAGCAAGACGAUCUGUGGGAUUGGACUGUGAACUACGUUGCACAGGGAGACGCUGCGGAGAAGGCCCGGCUCAACUCAUUGAAGCUGUGA